UUAUUGUGGAAGAAUGAAAUUAUUAUUUUUUUUUUAAAGGGCACAUGUCUUUUUAAAAAAUACUACUAAUAAUAAUUUAUAAAGGUAAACUUCUAAUCUUUCUUUUUUUUUAAAAAUAAAAAAAUAAAGGGAAAAGAGAUAUAAAUUUUCCAAAAUAAUCACACGGAGUGUACUCGCCAAAGUAACUUGACCCAGCUAAGCGUGUCUGGAAAAUUAAGAAAGAAAAUGAAAGUACACGAUAAGGAAAGAGAGGUUGUCUCUCUAUAUACACACUAAUUAUAUAUAGAGAGAAAAAACCUUGUCACACCAGUUUGUCAAUUAUAUAAUCAUCGACUCUUUUCUCUUCACCUUCUUCCUUUUUCUUUUCCCACCAUUAGAAAUCCAUUUCCAUUUCAUGGGUGGAAAAAAGAAACUGAGAGGUCUCUUAGGCAUUCUCAAGGACAAUGCUUCAUUAAUCAAAUCAAUCCUAUCAAUCAAACGCACCACCUGCUCAAUCCACGUCGCCGUCCUCCGCGCCACCACCCACAGCUCCUCUCCGCCACCCGACCACCGCGUCACCGCCGUCCUCUCCCUGGGAAACGGCUCACGCGCCACCGCGUGCACCUGUGUGGCGGCGAUCAUGGACCGGCUCCACCGGAGCCACACCGCAUGGGUAUCCCUCAAGUGCCUCGUCGUUCUUCAUAGCAUUAUCACGAGAGGCUCUUUCAUUCUCAAAGACCAGUUUUCAUUUUACCCGUCAGCGGGUGGGUCCAACUACCUUAAUCUCUCGCAAUUUCGGGAUACCACGGAUGCCGAGACAUGGGGAUUGUCGUCCUGGGUUCGGUGGUACGCGAGUGUUUUGGAACGGAAUUUAAUGACUUCCAGGGUUUUGGGGUCCUACUUUUGUUGUUCGUCGGUAAAAACCGACAGACUGAAAGAUUCACAUGAUGUCAUCUCAUCAAUGGACUCUCACUUGCUGAAAGAAAUGGACGCUUUAGUGGGAAUGGUAGAAGAAAUUUGUAGAGCGCCGGAGUCUUUGCAUUAUCAACGAAAUGAUUUAGUAUACGAGGUACUUAGACUGGUGGUUGAAGAUUACGGUUCGACUCAGUACCAAAUCUUGAUCAGACUCACCGAGUUCGGCGAUAGAGUGAGUGGGUUGAGUUCGGGUGAGUUAGCCGAGUUGGGACUUUGUUUAAAGAGAUUAGAGGAGUGUAGAGAGAGAUUAGUGGAGUUGUUUGUGAACAGAAAAAGAAAUGAUGCGUUUUGGGAUCUGAUAGAUCAUACAAAGAUUAAGAUUGCGAAGGUGAAGGAAGCGAGAGAAAGAGAGAUGAUAUUGGUGAAGUUCAGGAGGAGGGAAGGGGAGACUGAGUCAACUCGGAUUGGGGAACGAGUCAUGGGGGUGAGUCAGUUGCUCGGGUUGCCUUGGUUGGGUUCGGACCGUCUUCAACUAACUGUUCAGACGGCAAUGGCGUGACUCACAAUGAGUUCCAAUAUCAAUUUAGUUUCCUAAUUUUGUGGAUUCAGGUUGUUCUUUUUCUUUUGUAUUUAUUUGAUUGCCCGCCACAUUUUUUACAAUUUUCUUGCCUCAUGUCCUUUGUUGUGUAGAUUAUUUAAUAUAAGAUAGAUUUAUUAGUAUUAUUACCCAGUUCAACAAAGACUAUAACAGUUUCAAAUGUAAUAUCCAAUUCCAUUUAGGAUAUCCAAUUUAUUACGCGUCUAGGAGAUGGACGUGAGUAUAUAUAUACAUAUAUAUAUAUAUAUAUAUAUAUAUAUAUGCGUUCGUAAGACAUAUCUGCUGAUCAUGGUCAAUGAGA